GCACCCGCGCACUGGCGCACCGCACCGCACCGCACCGCACCGCGUCGCGCCUCUCCCUGCCGGAGCGCUCCGCCCCGCACCCCCUCCGCACCUCGCCGUGCCCCGCCCCGCCGUACAAAAGCACCGGCGGCGCCGCUGGUCCCGCUCCGCCGCCAUGAGCUACAGCGCGGAGCCGGCGGCUCUGGCCGCCUCCUACCGCCACCUCUUCGCGGAGGCCCCGCGGCGCCCCGAGGUGCCGCCGGCCCGGCGGGCGCGCCCGGGCGCGGAGCCGGGGGCGGUGCGGGAGCGCGGCGCGGAGCCGCGACGGCCGCGGGGCAGCGAGAAGGAGCAGCUGCAGGGCCUCAACGAGCGCUUCGCCGGCUACAUCGAGAGGGUGCGGGCGCUGGAGGAGCGGAACCGGGCGCUGGCGGCGGAGCUGGCGGCGCUGCGGCAGCGCUCGGACGAGCCGCGCCGGCUGGGGCAGCUGCUGGGCGGGGAGCUGCGCGCCCUGCGCGCCCGGCUGGAGGAGGCGCACGGGGAGCGGGCGCAGGCGAUGCUGGAGCGGGCGCGCCUGGCCGAGGAGACGCAGCGGCUGCGGGCGCGCUGCGAGGAGGAGGCGCGGAGCCGCGCCGAGGCGGAGCGGGCGCUGCGCUCCCGGCAGCAGGCGGCCGAGGCGGCCUCCCGCGCCCGCAUCGACCUGGAGCGGCGGGCGGCGGCGCUGCGGGAGGAGCUGGCGGAGCUGCGCAGCGCCCACGCCGAGCAGCUCGCCGAGCUGGGCGCCGCUCUCCCGGCCCCGGCCCCCGCCCCGGCCCCGCGGCCCGACCUGGCCGCGGCGCUGCGGGAGCUGCGCGCACAGUACGAGGCGCUGGCGGCCCGCAACCUGCAGGCUGCCGAGGACUGGUACCGCGCCCGCUGCGCCCGCCUGCACGAGCGGGCGGCCCGCAGCCAGGAGGCCGUGCAAGCCAGCCGCAGGGAGGCCGGCGAGUGCCGCCGCCAGCUCCAGGCGCGCCUGGUGGAGAUGGAGAGCCUGCGCGGCGCCCACCAGUCCCUGGAGAGGCAGCUGCAGGAGCUGGAGGAGCGGCACAACGCCGAGGCCGCCGGUCUGCAGGACACCAUCGGGCAGCUGGAGGAUGACCUGCGAAACACCAAAAAUGAGAUGGCUCGGCACCUGAGGGAGUACCAAGACCUGCUUAACGUCAAGAUGGCCCUUGAUAUUGAGAUAGCUGCCUACAGGAAGCUGCUGGAGGGAGAGGAGACCCUCUUCAACAUGGGAAGCGUUGGCCUUCCAGCACUCAAUUCCCUCCCCAACCCUACUUAUUCCUUUGAGCCAAGAAGCUUUAGUUCCUCUACUCUGUCCUUCAAGGAGGAGGAGCAAGGAGAGGUUAUUAAAGUGACCUCUAAAAUAUCAUCCAGCAGGGCUGAGGUGAUUGAGGGGACCAUAACCUCUGUCAAGAAAAGAGGGAGGCUAAACCUGCAUGGAGGAAUCAUUGCAAAUGCAAAAAUGUAACCACUGGGACCCUGUUCAUAUGCAUUUGAGGGGGAACAGUCUCCACUCGGCCUUUAAAUUGCUUCUCUGGGCAUGAAGCCACACUGAACUCGUGGGAAGCCCCCCUUAGAAACACAUAACUCCCCAGAGACACUUACCCAGGGAUGGCUUCCCUGCGGGUCCCGCCACGCAGAGGCCGAGCUUGGCACAUUGCUCCCUUUUAAAUGGGGUGGAGGCACAGCAGAACAGGUAAAUAGAUGCAUGUUGGUUGUUGUUGUGGUAGCACAUGGAUUCAUAGCACCCUCCCUCCCUCCUCCUGUGGCAGGCAAGGGGGAGCUGGCUGGGCCUGCUGCUGAGCCAGCUCUCUGGGGGAAGGAAACAACUCAACAUGUUUACUAUCACUAGUUUCAAGGCGACAGACCUUCAUCAACUACACAAAUCCAUGUACAGAUAAACUCUUCCCCACUCCUCAAGUCGUAGCCGUCCACUUUUAAUCCUAGAAGCACAGAAAUAGCCAUACUGGACUGUAACCACACCUGAGGUCUGGUCUGAGCCACGUAUGUUUUGAACUGAGUGUUAAUUUUUUUUUGUCCUGACAACUCUUGUUUUCUGGCAGCUUUAGUCCAGCCAAGGCAUGUGGGGUUUCUAAGCAGCAGGCAGAGGGCAGGGAACUGGUACAUCAGAGGUGAAAGCACCACCGUGGCACAGGGUACAGCACCUCAUCUGGUAUCACUGGCUCCAAAAUGUCAGGGUCUGAAGGACCCUUGUUUGGCUGCACAGUCUUCACAGGGAAACCCAGUGCCCAGAUUAGCAUCAUGCCCCAGCCGGCACUGGGAAGCUGCAGGACUCCUGAACACCAGCCCACAAAGCAUCUUUGUCUCCGCUCUAACUGUUCCAAUGUGUGCCAAAUUUGAUAUAGGAUUUAACAACCAUAGGUUUCCUUCAAUGCCUUAAAUUGCCAGCGAUCGCUUUUGCAAGAGCCGGAGACUCCGCGUGUGCACGUGCUGCGUGUCAGUGCCCUGGCAAGGUUAUCAUCACGAGACCUCGCUGCCCUUGCGGCGGUGCCAGAGUAGUUCCUGGAACCAGCAAAUUGUUUGCUCGCACUCUUUUCUCUUCUAUUGUAAGGCACAAGUUAAUAAUUAAAAAAAAGAAAUAUCUGUGUGGAUCAAA